GCACGACGAACCAGCCACCGCCGCUUCCUACCUUGCUUAACGCUAACCCAUCGAAUUUCACUGCAUAUAUAUAACAGAGUUAUAUAUAUAUAUACUCGUUAAAUAAUCGAUCUCUGUGCUCCAGGUACGGAAAUGCAAGUUGCACUUAUAAGCCACCACAGUAACUGUUCUAUAAAGAGGGAUGGCUCCAAUUAUACAUGUUUCAACGACGAUUCAUUUACUGAUUCCCCAGCGUCUACGCUACAGGAUGAGCGGCACUGACACCUCCCGCAUAUUGCCGUAUGACCUCAUCUGUGAGCAGCCAGUCAAUUGACACGGUCCGGCCAUCGAAAGUUUAAAUAUAAGCAUCUACAAAUACCAACGGCUGUGCCACUAUUCCGGUCCGAAUUUAAAAUAUUUGAAACUUCUUGGCUCAAUCCCGACUGGAAUGGGUCGGCGGCCGGUCGGAUGGAUGGGUAAAGGUUUCACCGGUGUUCCGCCUUGUCGCUACGCAAGGCAGAGCUAGGCUAAAGAGUGUUGUAUAGCCGGAUUACUGCCCUGUAGCCGGCUUACCUAACAAAGUUGCUCACUUUUUUCCCCCGCCAACCCGCAAAAUCUUCUGCCGAAAUCGUCGGAAUGCCGCGGCAAAAGCGCACGCCAGAUCCCCAGUAAAUCUUCGGCUCAGCACCAACGGCCGUGUUUUUCUCUCUCUUGGCCGAAACCUCAACUCUUUUCAUCCUCCUUUCCCCCAUCGAGAAGGAGCAAGAAAUAAUAGAAAAUCGGCUCAAUCCAUUCCCCUUACUCUCCCCUCUUCAAUUGAAAACAAUGUCUGCUGUCACCCGCAGCUUGCGAUCCGCUACCAAGCAGCUUCGCGUCCCUUCUCGCCUUGCCGCAAACCUCUCCAUCCGCUCGGCCUCCGUCGGCGCCGCUCGCCUUAACGGUUCCAUUAUUUCCUCCCGCAGCAACUUUUCUACUUCCAUCAACAGACAAUCCGGAGCGCCCGUCAUGCCUGCUGCUGCUAGAGAAUACGAUCCUGAGAUCAAGGACAUUGCCGACUACGUCGCCAACAAGCCCAUUGACUCUGACCUUGCUGUAAGUGCCUCAAAUAGCCCGUUGCCUGUGAAUGUUGGGGUUUGUUGGGGGAAGGGAGCGAGGUUUUUACCCCGCCAACAACACCUUCGUGGGUAGGGGUCCCUCGGCUACCUACCUACCAGCAAACAAAAAAUGCCCAUUGGAAUUUCAAUUUUCAAGUAAAGAAGGAGAAGGAGAAAGACAAAAAGAAAAGAAAAGAAAAGAAAAGAAAAGAAUAAUAUAUGCUAACCCGUGGUUGUACAGUUCGACACUGCUCGAUGGAUUCUCCUUGAUACCCUCGGCUGCGGUCUUGAGGGCCUCCGCUUCAAGGAGUGCACCAAGCUCCUCGGUCCCAUCGUCCCCGGCACCGUCGUCCCUAACGGUACCAAGGUGCCCGGUACCCCCUACGUCUUGGACCCCGUCAACGGUGCCUUCAACAUUGGUGCUAUGAUCCGAUGGCUCGACUUCAACGACUGCUGGUUGGCCGCUGAGUGGGGUCACCCCUCCGACAACUUGGGUGCUAUCCUUGCUGUCGCUGACUGGAUCAACCGUACCAACAAGGCUGGCGGCAACCUCGCCGGUGGCAAGAUCUUCACUAUCAAGGAUGUCCUCGAGUCCAUGAUCAAGGCCCACGAGAUCCAGGGCUGCCUGGCCCUCCUCAACUCCUACAACAAGGUCGGUCUUGACCACGUUGUCCUCGUCAAGGUUGCCUCCACCGCCGUCGUCUCCAAGAUGCUCGGCCUCAACGAGAAGCAGAUUGCCGAUGCCGUCACCCAGGCCUGGGUUGAUGGCCAGAGCUUGCGUACUUACCGCCACUCCCCCAACACCAUGUCCCGCAAGUCCUGGGCUGCCGGUGAUGCUUGCCAGCGUGCUGUCAACCUUGCUCUCAAGGUCAUGAAGGGCGAGGCUGGUGUUCCCACCGUCCUCUCUGCCCCCGUCUGGGGUUUCUACGACGUCCUCUUCAAGGGCAAGAAGUUCGAGUUCCAGCGCCCCUACGGCAGCUACGUCAUGGAGAACGUUCUCUUCAAGGUCUCCUACCCUGCUGAGUUCCACUCCCAGACCGCCGUCGAGGCCUCCGAGAAGAUCUUCCACCAGCUCAAGGCCAUGGGCAAGUCCGCUGCCGACAUCAAGGGCAUCACUUGCCGCACCCACGAGGCCUGCAUCCGCAUCAUCGACAAGCAGUUCAAGCCCAUGGACAACUUCGCCGACCGUGACCACUGCAUCCAGUACAUGUGCUCCGUCAUGCUCGUCUUCGGCCGCCUCGAGGCCACCGACUACACUGACGGUGGUGAGGCUGCCACCUCUGAGCUCGUCGAGUCCCUCCGCCAGAAGAUCAAGUGCGUUGAGGACCCCCAGUUCACCAAGGACUACCACGACCCCGCCCUCCGCACCAUCUCCAACGCCCUCACCGUCGAGCUCAACGACGGUACCGUCUUGGAGGAGGUUGUCGUCGAGGCUCCUCUUGGCCACCGUCUCCGCCGUGAGGAGGCUAAGCCCGUCAUCCUUGCCAAGUACAAGCGUCACCUUGGCCCUCACUUGCCCGAGGCUCGCGUCAACGAGCUCGUCGAGCUCGGCCAGGACCCCAAGAAGCUUGAGGCCAUGACCGUUGACGAGUACGUCGACCUCUACGCCGUCAAGGACAGCAAGUUCUUGUAAGGGUCUUGCGUAAGUUUGACAGAUAUCCCUGUCUUGACUAGAGUGAUUCCAAUUUUAGAUGUAUAAAAAGCAAAAUAAGCAAUUGAAAGAUACAAUAAGGAAAGCAAUUUUCUAUCU